AUGGUUUCCUCAUUAAUCAUAUUGGGUUCGCUUUCGUUCGUAGUUCUUUCAUUUCUUAUAAAUCGUAUUUAUAAACCUAUAGGAUAUACAUCCAUACCAGGUCCUGCCCUUCGUUUGAGUACUCGUUUGCUGAUGUUUAUUCAGCUUCAUUUCUUGCAAACUCUACCAGAAUUCACGGAAUUUUGGUGUAAACUUUAUGGAGACACCAUCGGUGUCUGGGUAAAUGGUGGUUACACCAUUGUAUCUUGUGAUGCCGAUUUUGUUCAGAAGAUUCUUGCCGGCACUCAUGCCAGCAAUUUUAUCGCACGAACGGGCAAUGACGAUGGUUUGAAAGCAAUAGGGAUGUAUCAAAAAGGAAUCAUUUGGAAUAAUGAUGUCCCAAA